AUGGCGUCGUCGCUCAGAGAGCUCGAGGCCGAUCCGGCCCUUUACAUCUACACCUCCCUGACGGCCGGCUCAUCGCACAUCGUGACGGCCACCUCCCGGCUCGAGACCAUCCUACGAGCCAACCGCAUCCCCUUCAAGGCCGUCGACAUGGCCACAAACGACAAGGCGCGCAUGCUCUGGAGUCGUCGUGCCGGGAAGGACCCUAACGGCCGUGUGCGCAAGCUGCCGGCUUUGGUUCAGGAGGGUUUCGUCGUGGGUGACAUUGUUGAAAUCGAAGAAUGGAACGAAUACGGCGAGCUCAAGCAACACGUCACCAUCUUCCAAGACGAAUUCACCCAGCCGCCCAUCGGUUCCGUCCCUCCCAAGCCCAAGUACGGCAAGAAGAAGAAGAAGGCGGACGCGGACGCCUCCAGUGCUGCUGCUGAAGCGAGCGGUGGUGGUGGUGGCGCAACCACAUCAAAAGCCAAGAACAAGAAGAGCGCGACAGAGUCCUCCUUCUCUGAUGCUGGUGCUCAGAAUCAGAUGGCAGCGUCUUUGCCGAUCCGUGCCCUAGCCGAAGAAGCCGCUGCGAAGGCCAAGGAGAAGGUAGCAGCUGCGGCAAAGGCUGCGACGAAGGCUGUCAGCAGCAGUAGCAGUGCGGUGGAGACGAAACAGGAGGAUAAGGAGAAGGAGGAGGAUACCAAGAAAGACGACGACGACGACAAGAAGGUGGAGGGGGAGAAGGAGAUGGAGAUGGAGAAAGAAGCCGAAAAGCCAGCAGCAACAGCAACAGCAACAGCAGCAGCACUAGCACCAUCCGCGACCAUCGAGCCCGCUGCUGCUGCUACUUCCGCAAGCAAGACCCCCAAAGCGGCGACGGUAGAAGAAGAAGGAGAGGACUUAGAGGCUGGGAAGAAGGCCACACCAAACCCAACAAGCAAAAGCGAAAAGGAGCCAGCAGCAGCAGCAGCAACAAAAGUAGAAGACCCGGCAACGACGAAACCAGCAACAGCAGAACCCUCGACCUCCACAACAACCACAACCAAACCGAUCCCAAUCCCAACUCCCAGUUCUCCCGCAGCUGCUUCUUCUCAUCAACCUCCAAUUCCAGCGGCGGCAUUCGGUCUCCAAUCACCCACCUCAGGCGGGUGGAAGGACGACAGCGGGGCGUUCCGGACGGUGCAGUCGCCUACGUCGACAACGUGGCAGCCGACGGACGUGGACGCGCCGAUCACCUCGUUGCAGGGCGCGCUGAUAACUAGUGCGUCGGAGGAGGAGAUUAAGGAGAUUGAGAGGGCGCAGACGAUCAAGGAGGUUCCUGAUGAGGAGGUUGAGGAGUAG